AUGGAUUUUCAAGACAUCGCGAAGAUCGAACGCUGUCAUGAGGAGCUACAGAGUCAGCACGACCGCCUUCUGGACGACAUCAAGGAGGGGCGCGAGGAACUGCUACACAACGCACACAAGACCAAGAAGGACAUCUAUCGAAUGAAACAAAUACUCGGCCAGUUUCUGCAUGCCAAACAUGCUGUGGCGCUCAUCAAUAGAGGGGAACUUCCCGGCCUGGGUGCACUUGUCACCCCGUCGAAAGCAGAACAGAGCACUAGGUCGCCGGCUGAGUACAUCCAGUCCCCCAUCACCGCAGAAUCGAGAGGGUCGGAAGACAGGGACUUUCUUCGCGAUAGCACUACAGGCCCUUCAUCUCCGCACCAGCGUGAUACAACAAUCGAUAACAACAGCCAGAGUGUCGAACACACGCCAAAUCCCACGGAAAAUGGGAACGACGUAGAUCCGAUGCCAGUGCAAGUACCAGUUCGUUUGACAAUACCGGAAACACGUACAGUUCCCGACAACUUUGAGAAGAAGCGUAGACAUGAAGAGGAUGAAGCGCUCACAGUUCCCGAGAGGGCGGAGAAGAAGAAGAAGCAUGGACAUGGAGAGGAUGAAGGAGCGCCCACAGUUCCCGAGAGGGCAGAGAAGAAGAACCAUAGACAUGGAGAGGCGCUAACAGUCCCCGAGAGGGUGGAGAAGAAGAAGAAGCAUAGACAUGGAGAUAAUGGAGCUGAGCACUCGAGAGAAGUGCAUAAGAAGAACCAGAAGCCUCGUCAUGCCGAAAGAGACGCUGCCAAUACAGCCAGCACUGCUCAUGCGACGGCGUCGCCACAUGGGCGAGAAAAGAGCUCAUCGAAGCAGACGGGGCCAAAGGCAGAGCCGCAGGAUAUCACACUAGUGAGUCGAGACAUUCAACCAUAAUCGGUCGUUGCGGCGAAUCAAGCACCUCAGUCUUAAGUUCCGACGGCGAAUGUUGGAAGUACGUUCUACAAAAGAACCAGCUGGCACUGUUAAGGUAAGCCUGCUACACAAGUUGGUGCUGACUCAUCACUGAUUAUACCUUGCCAGCUAGCUUCAUGGUUUCGUGCAUUGCAUGUUGUUACUGGAACAGGGUUGUCGAUAUAUUCUGAAUUUCGGCAAUAACGAAUUGACCGACAAUCUCCGUAGCUGAUUGCAGCAACGUUGAGUGCGAAGAUUGUUGAUGGACGGACUUGCUCUUGAUCUGAGCCACUGGAGGAAACGCAGCGCCCAAUUAUCCCGACUGGAAACCAGUUUCCGUCACCGAUUGAUAUCCGUGAGAAUUAUCUUGAUCACGAGUGCACUACCCGUGCGCGAACAGAUAAGAUAGUCGGCUCGUUUCUCGUUCCGCCACUCGGUGCAUAUCAAGGAUACUUGAUUGUUCUCGCAGCCGAGUGGUGAUUCCCGACGGUAGAAGCCGUGCGCAACACUUUAACGGGGACGAGGCCAGGGCCUGGCAUAGCACGCAUGAUAAGGUCCAUGCCUGGCUCCCGGUGACUUGCGCUCCGCGGAGGAUUGGAGAAGACCAGGUUCUAUUUUGAAAUCGACGUGUUUCC